AUGGAUCAAAUACCCGCGCCUACCAACGGCCACACCACAUUUGAGCCUUCCCCCUAUUCCAGAGAAGAAGAAAUCAGGAAUAUCACUCGGUAUGUGAGAUGGCUGAAGAGUUAUCAAUUCACGAGAAAAACUAGAAUGGCUAUUGCGGGGAUAAGUCGAAUGAUGAAAGAUGACGAGCUCGAUCGCGAUAUUUUGGCUUUAGUCGAUAUGAGGAAUAGCAUGAUAGAUGAGGGAUAUCAAGUGGGAGAGAUGGAAAAGAAAGCUAGAGAAUUGACGGAUAAAUGGAGGAUGUUGAAUGAUCAGCUGUCUGAUAGGGUGCAAGGGAGGGAAGUGGGGUUCUUAGCUGAGAAGAAUGUGGGAGGGUAG